ACAGAAAGUAUAUCGUGAUCAUGUUUUGAGUGUUUACCGCCAUUCCUUGUCCAAACCCAAAGAACGGAUUAAUUAUAUGAUAUCUAAUAGAUUACAUUGGUACAAAUGUGGAUUUCCCCGUAAUUUGCGAGUUAAAUGUAGACUAUUUGCACAUUAAAAUGUCAUCCCUGUAUGAUACAGCCGUGAGCUUCUUCAAUGAAACUGUAAAAAAGAUAUUUGAACCGCUGCAAUCACUACUACGCAGAGCAUGUACCAUCAUUGGCAUAUAUCAGCCUUAUUUCCUAGAGUUUUAUGAGUCGAAAUAUGGAUCUACACACCCAAAGUUAUUUUCAGGGACAUUUGAAGAGGCAAAGGCUGAAGCUUCAAACACGGGGAAACUGUUGCUUGUGUAUAUACACUCUGAUAGAGAUCAGAGGUUUUGCUCCGAGUUGCUGUCAAAUAAGCUUGUUAUAGAGGUUCUGGAUUCCAAUUUCAUCGUAUUCAUUGAGUAUCAUAAAGGGCCUCAUAUGCGCAGAUUGAUUAACAUUACAAAUGCUCUGCUCCUACCUCACGUUUCUAUAAUGGCCUGCAAGACUCCUACAGAGACAAGAAUCAUUGAUAGAAUUGAGGGAUUUGUAGACUAUGACAAGUUCAUUUCCAUACUUGUAAACGCUGUGGACAAUGCAGAUGGACCGAUUAGCAGUUUGGAAUCAAGUAGGAAGUUGCGUGAGGAACAGGAUGAAGAGUUUAGAAAAGCGGUUGAAAUUGAUUCUAUGAAAAUGAUGGAAAAGGAAAAUGACGUGAGAAGAAGAAACACACAGGCAGCUAUCAAGAAAGAGAAGGAAGAGAAAAUAAAGCGUAUAGUUCAUAGAAGGAAACAAUUGGCAGUUGAACACAAACAUCUCGAGGCCAAGGGAAACACAAAGAUCAGGGUAAGGUUGCCAACCGGGCACUCCAUUGAAUCUUUAUUUGAUGAAGACGACACAAUUGAGAAAGUUUAUCAGUGGGUAGAAGCUUCAGAGUAUAUGGAAGACAAGGAUGAUUCCAUCAAAAUACCCUACGAUUUCGUUUUGUCCAUUCCUCAUCCAUCGCAGGCACUUUCUAAUAAAUCUCAGACGCUAAAGGAUGCGAAUCUUGUACCAAACGCCUCCAUACUUUUAACAUCGUUAUGCGAUGAUUCAGACGAAGAUUGA